UUCAUGAGGAACGCCUUUCCCGUAGUAGAAUCCGUAAUUUGGCGUCUUGCUUCACACAUGAGUCCGUCCUUACGAGUCCUGAAGCGGCGGAAGAGGCAUGAUUUUCCAAGCGCAGGCUGCUCUUUCACCGCCUUAAACCAGGCAGACGCGAGACUAGCGAACACGCGACCAGAUUUAGACGUUUUUUCCUCAUUUUCAAACGCAUUUUGCUAAUUUCCUGCAGUAUAAACGUAUUUAUUAGCUUUAGCCAGGUAGCUUGUUUUUGGAAAUCGGACAAGUAUGAUCAGCCUGGCUGUGGAUUAAUCGGCCUGUUUCGAUAGAAGAUUCAUUUUUCUCUUGUGAAACCGCAAUGUCACAUACUGUAGUAAAAAUAGCCUGUUGUUUUUGUUAUUCCAAAAGCAGAGCUGUCUGAAGUUGAGGUAGGUUUGUAAAGCUGAACAAAAUCCAGGAAUUCACAGCCAGGAAAUCUGUUCAGGAGAGCAGACUAAAGCCCUUUCUGCCUUUCUGACUCAUCAGUUUAGACCACAUCAAGGCCGAACAAAGAGGACAUCCAUCCAAAGCCUUUUCAUUUCAUCUUCAGAGAGAGAAAGCUGAAAAACAGGCUGAUAUGAUGUUUCCACAAGCCAGACACUCGGCUUCGUCUCAAUCGACACAGCCGCUCAAAUUCACCACGUCAGACUCUUGUGAUCGCAUCAAAGACGAGUUUCAGUUCCUGCAGGCACAAUAUCACAGUCUGAAGUUGGAAUGUGAUAAACUGGCGAGUGAGAAAUCUGAAAUGCAGCGUCAUUACAUAAUGUAUUAUGAGAUGUCAUACGGACUCAACAUGGAAAUGCACAAACAGGCGGAGAUUGUGAAGAGAUUGAAUGGAAUCUGUGCUCAGGUGUUGCCUUACCUGUCUCAAGAGCACCAGCAGCAGGUCCUGGGGGCGAUUGAGCGAGCCAAACAGGUCACCCCUCCUGAGAUGAACUCAAUUAUUCGGCAGCAGCUUCAGGUUCACCAGCUCUCUCAGCUUCAAGGUUUGGCGUUACCCAUGACCCAUCUGCCCCUGGGCUUGACUCCGCCCACCCUGCCCGCCGUCACCUCCAGCUCCGGCCUCCUGUCUCUGUCCAGCAUCCUCGCGUCUCACGCACACCUGGCCAAGGAGGACAAGAGCUCCCGCGACGGGGCCGAGGGCCACCGCGAGGACGACGCAGACAAAUCCAACUAGCCUUCAUAGAGACGCUUUGAUUCUGUGCAGAAAAAGAGGCAACUCCUGUCUCACCGGAUUGGGUCUGAUUCAAUCUCUCUCUCUCUGUUACUACAGCGAAUCUUUAUUCCGUAAUUCUGUUUGAUUCAUUUGCUUUUCAUUAGUGGUGUUUGCUAAGGCUCUGUUAAUAUUGCUCAUACUUGGGGUUAGUGAUUUGAACAAACCCCUAUCCCCAAGUGUUGAACUUCAGCAUGUAACAAGGUCCUUAUCCAGAGACCUGAAUAUAAUAGAGACUUGAUGAUGCACUCUUAUGAGUCACCCAGAAUGCCUGGCAAUGCUCUCGCAACAACCUAGUAACUGCAUGCUUGUCCUCUCAAGCACCCCAAACAUAACCACUCAGAACAGUUUAGAAACCGCACAGCAAGAGCCUCCAACAGUCAAUUCCUCUGAUACCUACUAGUCGAUAUAUUUCUUCUAGUUAAGAGUUUUAACACUCUAGUGACCCUUUCACAGGAAUUCAUUCACGUGUUUUACAUAAAAAGACAACUGUCUAUAUUGCCCUCAGAAAGGUAUAAAUGCCUUACGAAGGCCGUGUGUGUUUGUGUGUGUGUGUGUGUGUGUGUGUGACAGUGACAGG